AUGUCAGCCAACGCUUCUGCCAGAGCUCUUCAAUCCAAGGGCUCUCUUAUGAGAAACUUGAAGCACUUCAACCCUAAGUUUCCAGUUCAAACAGUUCGCAAUCCAGAACUCCGGACUAUGGAUCAACUUUAUGACUGUUUCUACAAGUACGCCAGACAGCUUAUCAGUGCCAAAAUCAAUCCAAACAUUACCUUGGAGACUAGAAAAAUGGUGGAAUCCGAGCUGAAAGUCGUCAUUCCUCUAGCCACAGAUUUCAAAGCCCGACUCAACAUGACCGACAGCAAUGGACAUAUUCGCAUGGGACGUCUUCUGGAAGCUGUCGACAUUGUUGCUCCCUGUGCUUGUUAUAUGCUUAACAGAGAAGACCUUUCAUUGAAGACCUUCGAAACUGGAACGCUUCCAAGAAUGUUUGUCACUGCUCGCUUCCACCAGACAAGCCUCUCUCAUGGAUACGGUCUCUCCCCAUAUCGCGAUAUUGUUUUGAGAGGAAAAGUCACCUGGACGAGUGAUAACAAAGCGGAAGCAACUGUAAAUGUCAUUCAGAAUAGAUCAGAAUUUCUAACCGCUCGUCUUGUUUUUUCAUCCUUGGAUGGAACCAAUACUUCUCAGAAGCUUCCUACCAACCAACUUCUCCCAGUCACCCCAAUUGAGAAAUUCUUGAACCAGCAGAGGCAUGAAGCCAAUACCACUCGUCCAACUGUUCCAGAACUUGGUGCGAUUCAGCUUCCAGUUGUCCAGGAAGGAGAACAACAGAUGUCUUCCACAAUUAUUGAGACCGCAACCAUUGCCCAACCAGAGCAUGAAAACCCAUAUGGAUCGGUUUUUGGAGGGUUUUUGGUCAGAAAGGGACUCGAAACCGCUGAGCUUUGUGCCAAGAUGUUUGCUAGAACCCCUCUUCGGGUCGCUUCUAUUGAUGAUGCUGAAUUUUUGAAAGUUGUAAAAAUUGGAAGCAUUCUCAAAUUCAGUGCUUUUAUUUGCAAUGUUGAUAACAAAGAGAAAAAGUUCCAGAUCAGCUCCCAAGUCGAAGUCUAUAACACCGAAUCCAACACUUUUGAACUCUGCGAUCGCUUCCUGUUCACAUUCGAAACCAAAGAAGAGAUCAAUCUUCCACAACUGGUCCCACACAACAUGCAAGAAUUUGUUGCACAAUGGAAAGCAAAGAACAUUGCAAAAGCAAACUAA